UACCCAGCCAAGCACGACUGCAUGCGCUAGCACUAUCUCUUUCAAGUUCCAAUAUACACAUUGCCAUGGAGAUUCAUAUUCCCUCCUUUUCUGCCUUCCUUACCUUCUUUAUCUUCUUGUUCAUGGUAUCCAACAUAGUGUGGAGAACCAAAAGCAAGAAAUCAAACCCAAAGUUGCCUCCAGGACCAUGGAAACUACCAAUCAUAGGAAACAUGCACCACCUUCAUGGCAUCUUACCCCAUCAUGCCUUGAGAAACUUGGCCAUGAAAUAUGGACCUCUCAUGCAUUUAAAGCUCGGGGAAGUUUCAUACAUCAUUGUUUCUUCACCCGAAAUUGCCAAAGAGUUUCUCAAGACCCAUGACACAAAUUUUGCUAACAGGCCUUUCCUUCUUGCUCCCAAAAUCCUGACUUAUGAUUGUACAGGGAUUUCCUUUUCUCCUUACGGUGAUUAUUGGAGACAUCUGAGGAAGAUUUGCAGCAUGGAGUUGUUAAGUGCGAAACAGGUCAAAUCGUUUCGAUCAAUAAGAGAAGAGGAGGUGUCAAAUCUGAUCGAAACCAUACAUUCGAGUGAAGGAUCAGCCAUCAAUCUAAGUGAGAAAAUAUAUUCACUAAGUUGUGGUAUAACAGGAAGAACAGCUUUUGGACAAAAAUCUAGAGAUCAAGAAGCAUACCAAGCGGUAUCAAAUAAAAUCGCAGUGCUGGCAGGAGGGUUUUAUGUUGCCGACAUGUACCCUUCGAUUAAAAUGCUUGAGCAGAUUGGUGGACUGAGGCAUAAACUUGAGAAAGUUCAUGCAGAGGCUGAUAGGAUACUCGAAAACAUCUUAAAUGACCAUAAAGAGAAGAAGAUCAUGAAGAGAACUAAAUCCCAUGAACAACAAGCAAAUGAUAAUCAGGAAUACUUAGUUGAUGUUUUCUUGAAGUUUCAGCAUCAUGAUCAGCUUGAUCAUCCUCUGACAGACAGCAACAUCAAAGCGGCCUUGUUGGACAUUUUCACUGCUGGAAGUGACACAUCAUCAACAACUGUAGAAUGGGCAAUGUCUGAGAUGGUGAAAAACCCAAGAGUUAUGAAAGAGGCACAAUCUGAAGUGAGAAGGGUGUUCCGUGGGAAAGCAAAUGUAGACGAAACAGAAAUUCAUGAACUAAAAUACUUGAGAUCAGUCAUCAAAGAAACAAUGAGGCUUCAUCCUCCUGCUCCUUUAUUACUUCCAAAAGAAUGCAGCCAAAGCUGUGUCAUUGAUGGAUAUGACAUACCAAAGAAAAGCAAGGUCAUUGUGAAUGCAUGGGCAAUUGGAAGAGACCCAAUGCAUUGGACUGAAGCUGACAAGUUUUACCCUGAAAGAUUUCUUGAGGGUGGCUCAGUACAAAUCGAUUACAAAGGGUCAGAUUUUGAAUUCAUUCCAUUUGGUGCUGGGAGAAGAAUAUGUCCCGGAAUCACAUUUGGUAUGGCAGUUGUGGAGCUCACUUUAGCACAGUUACUUUUUCAUUUUGAUUGGAAACUUCCUAAUCAUAUGAGGCCAGAGGAUCUAGACAUGACUGAGGUCUUUGGCUUGACUGUGAAAAGAAAUGCCAAUCUGUGCUUGAUUCCCAUUACCUACCAUCCUAAUUUGUCUGUAAUAUAAGAUUACAAGAAAGAGAGAAAGUAGUGUACGUUCAUUGAUUUUCUGUAUUUUUUUAGUUUUUGCCAUUGUUGCUGUUGAAAAUGCAUGUCACAUGGAAGUUUUUGCUUUCAUUGUUUUCACAGCGACUAUAUGUUGUGAUUGUGUACUCGUAAUAAAGAAGCACUCACUAAUCAUUGGGGUCCAACAAUUGACUUAUGCUUUGAGAAUUUGGCUUCUUGGGGGGUAAAGAUUUUGAUUUCAGCGAAAUUUAAAGGCUGGUGGUUGACCCUGUCUUGUCCUAUACUUCGCCAAUGACUUUUCCAGGAACAUUAUAACAGCCUUUGUAAUGAUGCUCAUAAAAGAUCCCAAUGGAAAUAUGGAGUGGAGAAAAAAUUGCUUAAUAUAAUGGACAGCUUUGUCUGUUGUUAUUAUUAUUAGUAGUAUUUAGAGAUGUGAUUGUAGUUUUCUAUCUAAUAAAAGCUUAGUAGCAUUUAGAGAUGUGAUUGUAGUUUUCUAUCUAAUAAAAGCAUAGUUUGAUUCUUAGUAUUCAU